AUGCAAAAUCCGCAUUGCACAAUUAUAUGUUUUGAUUAUGGAGGAUAUUAUGGUGGAGUUCUCCUCGUUGCGACUGCUCAGGAUCCUGAUCAUCACCACUACCCAAUUGCGUUUUGUGUAGCAGAUGGUGAGAAUGAUGAAAGCUGGAUAUGGUUUAUGGAACAGUUGAAAUCAGUGAUAUCCGAUGUCCCGAGAUUGGUAUUUCUUUCAGAUAGAAACAAAAGCUUGAUCAAGUCAGUACGUCUAGUGUUCCCUGAGGCCGAACAUGGUUAUUGUAUAUGGCAUUUGUCUCAGAAUGUUAAAACUCACGUCCAUAACAACAAAGAUAAUUGUGCGUUCAAGUUUAGAGAAUGCGCACACGCUUAUACGGAGGCUGAGUUCAAGUACCUUUAUCAUGCUUUUCGCCGGAAGUAUCCUAGUGCAGCAGCGUAUCUUGACAAAAGUGUUGAAGAGAAGAAGUGGGCUAUAUGUUACUUCAGAGGAGAUAGGAUGGAGGCAGCUGAAAUACCAUACACACUGAAGCUUGUGCCUAUUUUGGAAACCGAAAUGUCUAAAAUAUGUGUUGAUGCGGGGUUUCUUACAAUUGACGAAUUAAACAGCUUCCAUCUUGAGUACAGUGUGCAUGGUACUGACGGCAAGGUUUAUACUGUUGAUAUGGCUAGGAAUACUUGCAGUUAUGAGCAAUUUGAUAAAGACAAAUACCCUUGUGUGCAUGGAGUGGGUUCUGCCACAUUCAUGUCUAAGGCAGCGGGAAGGGAACUCCAUCUAUCAGAGUAUUGUUCAAAAUACUAUUUGGUGGAGCAAUGGGCUUUGGCUUAUCACAUGACCAUAUAUCCUGUUCUUCAUAUGUCUGAUUGA